CAUUUAACCCUAACAACCUCAACCCCCCUUCAACACCAGUCGCAAUCCGCAUACACCCAGCUCAAUGUCAGCACGCGACCUCGAAGCCCAAAACGACGCCCUCCUCGAGUCCCUCGCCGCAAAAGUCACCGCUCUUCGGGGUGUAACGAACGAUAUCCAUCGUCACGCGAGUGAUCAUUCGUUUAUCACUCAAACCACGGAUGUCUUCGAGAACAUGGGAACGCAGAUCAAAGCCACCAGUGGGAAAUUGGGACAGGUUAUGAAGAAUGCGUCGAGGAGGAGUGUGAUGUCGAUGGUGGGGAUGAUUUUGGGGGUGUUGUUUGUGUUGUACCUGUUUUGGGGGUGAUGAAACGAAAAACGAGUUGGCGGUGAGAUGGACAUUGAGGGCUGGCUGGACCCGAUAUGUGAGAGACGCCGCGUCCCGCAACUGCUGUC